AUGAGGUGGCACAGACGAAUAGGCUUUGGCAUUUGGGUGAUCAUUGUGACCAUUGCCCUGAUAAGCUUCAAAACAAGUCGCAAUAAACCAGGUUCGGCCCGGGUGAAUGAGUUUGGAGAUCGGAAGCCCAACAUGUCCAGCCAGCAGUGCAGGUGGCCUCCAUGGGAUCCUCAAGAGAGUGCGCAGGAAAGUGUCUAUAACAUAACUCUUUGUGUCACCUUAAGCCCGCGCUUCUCCUCCAAAAAGUUGUCAAAAAGGUAUCCAUUGACCGACCUAUUCAGAAUGUCAGGGCCACAAAGAAAGGUGACUUUCGAAGAUCUGAGCAAGUUGCCUCGACGAUUUUGGAGGCGAGUAAAGUAUCCCAACAUCUAUCAAACUUAUCCACAAGAUGUUCCUUUAAAAGAACUUGUUGCAGCCAUCAAAGCCGGCAGGCCUGUUUCAGUAGUGAGUUUACCAUCAAAUGUCUUUGAACAUGCACGACUGAAAGACGGCAUGACAUACUUUUACCCACUUAAAUGUACCAUCCCUUUUUAUCCAAAACUACCCGAGUACAAUUUUCCGCUGAAAAUUUUGAGAACCAGUAAUUCCGUUUGCACCCGGAACUCCCAGCACGACCUCGUAAUUGUAGUAAAAAGCGCGGUUCAUGCCUGGGACAUGCGUGCGGCUUUUCGAGAAUUUGUACAUGAACAGAAAGCUCAACAUCCAAAGUGGAAAAUCGGUGUGGUAUUCAGCAUGGGUCUUCCCAGGCAUCAUGGUGGACGAGUCUUUACUCGUGAGGGCCAUCCAAUUGCUCUCGGAGGUCGAAGUGGAGAGCUAGCCGACUACUUUGAUGGAAAGAUAUCGCAAACAAUGGAAUAUGUGCUACAUGAAAUCGCGCAUCAUGAUGACAUUCUUCUAGGCGACUACGAGGACACCUAUUUCAAUCUCACAUGGAAAACAGUCACAAAUUUGCGAUGGCUCUCUGCCUUUUGUGGUCAACGAAAUGGAGAUGUGUUUUUGGUCCUGGAUGACGACCACAAAGUAAAUUUCACUUACUUGGAAGCAUUUCUAAAGACUUUGCAGCCAGACGUAAAGCGGACAUCAAUUUUUGGUCUCAUUGGAAGAAGAGACUCAGCGUAUAGAAAACCCAACGGAAAGAGGUUCCUUUCGUACCGCGAAUUCCCUUGGGAUAUUAUGGCCCCGUACCCCCGUGGAUUUGGUCAGUUAUUUGGAGCUGAUAUUGUGGAUGACUUGGCCAUUGGCUCCGCCUACACAAGGUAUAAUUACGCACCUGAAGACGUCUAUCUUGGGAUGCUGGCAUUAAAAUUGGGGAUCCAAUUGCGGAAUGUGAAGGACAUGUAUGACCAUAAUGACUUCAAGGCACGCCAUAGAACAGGUAAACCUGUUUUGGUAGCCUUAAAAAAAUACUUUGACGCUCUAAUAUCCCUCUCCUGA